AUGGCGCUCAAAUCUGGUGUAUUCGCUUGCCUCAUCCUUGCAUUGUGCGUGAGCUGCAACAACGUCAUGGCAGAGGAGAACUCCGGCAAGGAGACUGAGAAGGGCGGCAUCAUCGUCGGCCGCGGCCUCCCGAUUGAGACUGAGAAGAGUGGAGUGCCCUUCCUCCCUCGGUCGGAGAACCUCGAGGAGACUGAGAAGGGCGGCAUCAUCAUCCCCCGCGGCCUCCCAAUUGAGACUGAGAAGAGUGGAGUGCCCUUCCUCCCUCGGUCGGAGAACCUCGAGGAGGCUGAGAAGGGCGGCAUCAUCAUCCCCCGCGGCCUCCCAAUUGAGACUGAGAAGAGUGGAGUGCCCUUCCUCCCUCGGUCGGAGAACCUCGAGGAGACUGAGAAGGGCGGCAUCAUCAUCCCCCGCGGCCUCCCAAUUGAGACUGAGAAGAGUGGAGCGCCCUUCCUCCCUCGGUCGGAGAACCUCGAGGAGACGGAGAAGGGCGGCAUCAUCAUCCCCCGCGGCCUCCCAAUUGAGACUGAGAAGAGUGGAGCGCCCUUCCUCCCUCGGUCGGAGAACCUCGAGGAGACUGAGAAGGGCGGCAUCAUCAUCCCCCGCGGCCUCCCAAUUGAGACUGAGAAGAGUGGAGCGCCCUUCCUCCCUCGGUCGGAGAACCUCGAGGAGAAGGGCGGCAUCAUCAUCCCCCGCGGCCUCCCAAUUGAGACUGAGAAGAGUGGAGCGCCCUUCCUCCCUCGGUCGGAGAACCUCGAGGAGACUGAGAAGGGCGGCAUCAUCAUCCCCCGCGGCCUCCCAAUGAAGAGUGGAGCGCCCUUCCUCCCUCGGUCGGAGAACCUCGAGGAGAAGGGCGGCAUCAUCAUCCCCCGCGGCCUCCCAAUUGAGACUGAGAAGAGUGGAGCGCCUUUCCUCCCUCGGUCGGAGAACCUCGAGGAGACUGAGAAGGGCGGCAUCAUCAUCCCCCGCGGCCUCCCAAUUGAGACUGAGAAGAGUGGAGAGACUGAGAAGGGCGGCAUCAUCGUCCCCCGCGGCCUCCCAAUUGAGACUGAGAAGAGUGGAGCGCCCUUCCUCCCUCGGUCGGAGAACCUCGAGGAGACUGAGCCGACUGAGCCCUACUUUCCUCGGUCCGAGAACCUCGGCAAGGAGACUGAGAAGAGCAGGGACGCCCCCACUUACCCAUGAGUGGGCGAGAUCGAGCACGCAUGAUGACUUGCAAAACAGUUCUUUGGUUUGCCAACAACAGGGCGACUUACAAAGCAGUGCUUGCGUCGCCAACAGGGCGACUUACAAAGCACGUGCUUGCU